AUGCCUAAUACAGAAAAGCAUUUUAGCACUAAUCACAGUCUUAACUUAAAAGUUGAUUUUGACACAGAAAAAAUGACUGGAUGCAUCUUAAACCUAGCUGUUCCCGAUUCCACAGGGUAUGGGAUUUACUGCCAAAAUGACACAUGCAUUCCGUCAGAAGCUUCCCAUAGUCAGAUAAGCACUGAUUCAUCUGAGUACACUUUUCAUAAUCUGAAGUCCAAAAGCAGAGAGGAAAGGGAAAAUACAGUUUGUAGCUGUAAAGGUGAACCAGGUACAAUAGAAAGAGAGAGUGAACCAAUGACUGAACCCAAUAUUAAGGAUAUUUCAGCUGAUAAUGGAUAUAGUACUACUAGCAACUCUGAGAGUGAAGAAACUAAAGACCUGGACUGUGACUUUCAAGUGGGCUAUACCGUUAGCGUGUGCAUACAGACUGAUCAAAAACAUGUUGCUAAUCAAACAUGGGACGUUGAGGCUGCGAAAGCUGCUAAUGAAACUCAGGAAAUUUUGUCAGUCAGGGCUGCAAAUGUGACUCAAGAAUUUGAGCCAACGAGAGCUGCCAAUGUGACUCAGGAGCUUGAGCCAACGAGAGCUGCCAAUGUGACUCAGGAGCUAGAGCCAACGAGAGCUGCCAAUGUGACUCAGGAGCUAGAGCCAACGAGAGCUGCCAAUGUGACUCAGGAGCUAGAGCCAACGAGGGCUGCCAGUGUGACUCAGGAGCUAGAGCCAACGAGGGCUGCCAGUGUGACUCUGGAGCUAGAGCCAACGAGGGCUGCCAGUGAAACUCGGGAGCUAGAGCCAACGAGGGCUGCCAGUGAGACUCUGGAGCUAGAGCCAACGAGGGCUGCCAGUGAGACUCGGGAGCUAGAGCCAACGAGGGCUGCCAGUGAGACUCGGGAGCUAGAGCCAACGAGGGCUGCCAGUGGGACUCGGGAGCUAGAGCCAACGAGGGCUGCCAGUGAGACUCGGGAGCUAGAGCCAACGAGGGCUGCCAGUGAGACUCUGGAGCUAGAGCCAACGAGGGCUGCCAGUGAGACUCUGGAGCUAGAGCCAACGAGGGCUGCCAGUGAGACUCUGGAGCUAGAGCCAACGAGGGCUGCCAGUGAGACUCUGGAGCUAGAGCCAACGAGGGCUGCCAGUGAGACUCUGGAGCUAGAGCCAACGAGGGCUGCCAGUGAGACUCGGGAGCUAGAGCCAACGAGGGCUGCCAGUGAGACUCAGGAGCUAGAGCCAACGAGGGCUGCCAGUGAGACUCAGGAGCUAGAGCCAACGGGGGCUGCCAGUGGGCCUAAAGAGCCUGAGGUACCAAGGGUUGCCAGCGAGUCUGGGGGACCUGAGGUACCAAGGGUUGCCAGCGAGUCUGGGGGACCCGAGGUAUCAAGGGUUGCCAGCAAGUCUGGGGGACCUGAGGUACCAAGGGUUGCCAGCGAGUCUGGGGGACCUGAGCCACCAAGUGGCUCUGUGGUAGAGGAAGUUGCACAGGCUGGUAAUGCAACUCUAAAGUUAAAGGUAGUGCAUGCUGUUUAUGGGACACCAGAAAUGGAGACGCUGCAGGCAUCAAGGGGGAUUAUUGUACUGGAAAAUGCACAGACCUGCUUAACUCAAGACAUAGAAGUUUUGCAGAAUGCAAGUAGUUUCUCAAUUGGAACUACUUCUUUUAUUACAUCUACACCAGUGACUGGUGCAGGAAACUGGAGUUUCACAAGCGGGCAUUCUGCAGAAAGCCUGCUUCUAAAAGAUCCAACCAUAUCUGUGUUUGUUACAGAAGACGACAGUGUUGUGACUGCUACUUUUCAGGAUAUGGCUGGCCAGUCUGUUCCCAACUCAAAUCUAACUGGUAAAGUUUUUGAGACUGAAUGUCCUAAAAACAAAAUUGUAAAUGUGUCAAAGAAUGCACUUAAGCUUCCAACUCAAGCCUGUGUUAGAAGGGUUGGCACACAUGCUUUGCCUCAUACAGUAUACUCUACCAAAUCUGAUCUCACUAAACUGAAGUCUUUUGCAGUGACCAGAUCCCAAGCUGUAGGCAGCAAAACUGGAGAUUGUGCUAUUGGGCUUCCUGCUAAGGGGCAAGGGCUUUCUGCAGUUGGUAGAAAUCCCAGACUCUCGCUGGGCAUGACAAAAAUGACUUUUUUGAAGCCUUUGAGCCCCAGUAGGAGACAUAGUGCUAUUGGAAUUCCUGCAAGUAAUAACUCAAGCCAUGUUGGACCAAGGGACAUGUCGCAUUCAGAUAAAACUAGCAAGAAUUCUGAACCAUCUGAUGCUAUUCUUAAAGCUGGAAUCUCAAAAGUGCCUGACUGUAGUUCUACAGUACCACUACUGCAUAAGCCUCCACCUGGUCUGAACAGCCAGUCUGCAGUGAAGCAUGUCUCCAAACUUCCAGCAAGUGCUGGGAGCUCCAGAAUGUCACUUGGGAGUGGAUUCCAGGCCAGUAUCAACAGAGGAACCAAAGCUUCAAAUCUGAAACCACCAGCUACUACAGGUAUAAAACCAGUCUCUGCACUGAAGCCAAGUCAGCUGUCUUUGCGACCUUCACGUCUCCCUAGUCAGCCAGUGCACAUAGCUGAUGUGAAGCUAAGUGUGCCUCAGCCAGUGAGUGCAGAUGAGCAGAAGGCUUCAAAUGGAACGAAAUCAGUGCUCAGUUCAAAGCCCAUUCAUAUAACUGGGCGUUCUUCACGGCUCUCUUUCCAACCUGUGAAAAAUCCAUCUGAAGAGAAAUUGUCUUCAUCACAUCUACCUAGCAUAGAUGACCGUAAAUCUUCAAAUGCUGCAGGUGCUAACAAAGUUGGACCAACCUCUGGAACUCUCUCAGCAUCAAAGGCCACAGCAAAAUCAAGACUGGUGCAGCUAGAAAGAACUGCAUCUGCUCGGAGGAGCUCCAUCUUGCCACCAAAACGACUCAAGUUAGGUGCGAACUUUUUGAUGUUGAUGGGAACUCCUGUAUUCCAGUGGUGA